ACGGCGUGGAAGCCUCUAAUUUUCUUGUUCCUUCAUCUUCAAAUAAAUUUUUUGAGGUUGCUCGAUCAUGUUGGCUAAUGGCCACGACUGGAUUCUGAUUCUGAAGCCAGCAGAGAUUGGAUUGGAUCGAAUCUGCCAAAUUUGACGUUCGUCUCGGACUCCCAGGGCGUUGAGGGUCACUCGACACUCCGAGGAAAAGAGUGGGCUUUUUAGAGUGCUUUGAGGGAAGUAGGAGCAAAUGGGCAAAGGAGGCAUGUCUCGCGAGGAUGGUGAAGAAGAGAACAUGGCUGCUUGGCUCGUUGGUCUCAACACCCUCAAGAUUCAACCUUUUACGCUCCCUCCACUUGGCCCCCAUGAGGUCAGAGUCAGGAUGAAGGCUGUUGGUAUAUGUGGGAGUGACGUUCACUAUCUGAAGACGCUUAGAUGCGCACAUUUCGUGGUGAAAGAGCCUAUGGUGAUCGGGCAUGAGUGUGCCGGGAUCAUAGAAGAAGUGGGGAGUGAUGUCAAGACAUUGGUUCCGGGUGAUCGAGUGGCGCUAGAGCCAGGGAUCAGCUGUUGGCGUUGUGAUUAUUGUAAAGAAGGCCGAUACAAUCUCUGCCCUGACAUGAAGUUCUUUGCCACUCCUCCUGUACAUGGUUCUCUUGCCAAUCAGGUGGUGCAUCCCGCAGACCUUUGUUUUAAGCUUCCAGACAAUGUGAGCUUGGAGGAAGGGGCAAUGUGCGAGCCUCUGAGCGUUGGAGUUCAUGCUUGUCGCCGAGCUAAUGUCGGUCCAGAGACAAAUGUUUUGGUAAUGGGUGCGGGGCCUAUAGGGCUUGUUACUAUGUUAGCUGCCCGUGCUUUUGGAGCACCCAGAAUUGUCAUUGUGGAUGUUGAUGACCACCGCUUAUCAGUUGCAAAGGAUCUGGGUGCAGAUGAUAUCAUUAAAGUUUCUACAGAUAUGAAGGACAUACCUGAAGAGGUGGCGCUGAUACAAAAAGCAAUGGCAACAGCGAUUGACGUGAGCUUUGACUGUGCCGGUUUUAAUAAAACUAUGUCAACGGCAUUGGAUGCCACUCGAUCUGGCGGCAAAGUUUGCCUUGUGGGAAUGGGUCACAACGAGAUGACUGUACCGCUAACUCCUGCUGCUGCAAGGGAGGUUGAUGUGAUUGGCAUAUUCCGGUACAAGAACACGUGGCCUCUCUGCCUCGAGUUCCUAAGGAGCGGCAAGAUAGAUGUGAAGCCCCUCAUAACCCACAGGUUUGGGUUCUCCCAGAAGGAAGUUGAAGAUGCCUUUGAGACGAGCGCUCGUGGCGGCAAUGCCAUCAAGGUCAUGUUUAAUCUGUGACGAAAGAAUUGCACCAGGAAAUUCUCAUCCCAAAGUGAAGUGUCUUGGUUGUGACAUGUAAAUAACUGUAAUGGUUAACGGUAACAUGUCAACAGGCAUCCACAUGUUCGAUACCUAAUAACGGGAAGCCGAGAAUGAUUAUUAG